AUUUAAUUCCGUUUAAGAUAUACAUUCUUGUCUUAGUUUGUUACUUCCAAAUUGCAAACCACUUACAGCAAUGUACGAUUUGGAAGAGUCCUUGCCAGCAGCUCCACAGCCGUCAACACUGUAUUUGAAUGUGCCCAUACGCAAUUCUCCAUCUACUGACAAAAAUAUCAGUGAACGGACUACAGCAUCUGUUGGCUGUCCUAACGCAACAAAUUUCGAAUCAUUGGCAAACGAGAUUCCAGUUGACUUGAACAGACCUUCUGAGAUUGAAAACAAAAGACCGUCGUCAAGCUACAGAAAUUACGAAUGCGGAGAACCGAUGCGGCCUCAGCAUUUGAGAAUUGACUUUUCUCCGUCAGAACAAGACGACAAUGAAGAAACGGAAAUGAAAUGUAUAGAUUUUUUCAAAUAUUUACAAGGUCGACCUGAUAUCCAAAGGUUAAUGGUGACACCGGUUUUAGUGGGUUGGGAAGUUCCUACUCAACCUUCGACAGUUGAAAGCAUGAAGGAAGAAGUAGAAGACAAAGAACAAGCCGUUUAUUGGAUGGAAGUUUUGGCUCUCUGUACAGCACGUUCGAGGCAAACAUCGAAGUUGCAAUUCGGAAGAUGAAUAGUGACGAAGAUUGGAUAUGCCCAGAAAGCACGCCCGUGUAGAAAGUACGCAGCAAAUGGUUCUAUGCGAGACCUUUUCUAUUCAAUACUUACCACUAAAUAGGAGUAUAAAUUUCUUAGGCAAUGUCAAUGGGAAUAGUACUCUAUAGAACAGUGACAAAGGGUGGAACCCUUCGUUACUGGCAUCUAAUUAAGUUAAUCAAUUGUUUAAUAUAAAAGGAACGAUGGUAAACCAAUGGGAGGAUAGUUGAUUGAGAGGUGAUCGGUUUGAAUACCAGUGAAGGCAUUUAUCAAAAUAACACGCUGACCAAAAUAAUGUACACUUGUAACGAGAUUAUAUUAUAGCCAAAUUCGAUGUAGAAUGUUUAAUAACAAAACGUUGCUUGGCAACCAACGAUGACAUAGGAAAAGAACAUUUUUUUCGAUGCACUUUAUUAAGGCUUGCUCUGCCC